AUGCUCCCCGCCCCGGCCCCGGGCCCUCCCCCCCACCUCUUCCCAUAUCCGGCCGCCCCUUCAAUUCUCCAUUCAGCCAAUCUCUCCGUCAUCUCCCGGCCCUUCCUCGGCCUCUCUCUCCUCCUCUUCGUGUCCUCUUCGGCGCCUCGUACCGCGUCUUCUCCUGCUUCCAAGACGCCCGUUCCACCCACCCCGGCAUCGGCUCAUCCCCACCUCCUGCCUCACACUCUCCCGACCGUGUCCUAUUCCCAGCUCAACACCGCUCCUGCGCCCUGCGCACCAGCGCCCGCGCACACACACACAAAGCAGCGUCCGCUUCCCUAUUCCGGCCUCAGUCUCAAUCUCGCCUUGCCACUCCCUCCCUUGUCUCUCCCCCUCCACCCCGCAUCCUGA